UCGACACCCAUGAUCUUGUCACCGGUUCACCAGUUGUCCUUCCUUGGACCACUUUUGGUAGGUACUAACCACUGCAUACCAGGAACACCCCACAAGAUGUGCCAUUUUGGAGAUGCUCAGACCCAGUCACCUCGCCAUCAUAAUUUAGCCCUUGUCAAAGUUGCUCAGAUCCUUACGCUUGCCCAUUUUUCCUGCUUCAAACACAUCAAUUUCAAGAACUGACUGUUCUCUUGCUGCCUAAUAUAUCCCACCCCUUGACAGGUGCCAUUCUAAAGAGAUAAUCAAUGUUAUUCACUUCACCUGUCAGUGGUUUUAAUGUUAUAGCUAAUCAGUGUAUGUGUUUGCUCAUACCUAUGCAUGUAAGUUUUGAACUGUACACCUGAUUUGCAAAAAUAAGGUACCAUUGGAUUUCUUGGCUCAAGUUCAGUUCAAUGUACCCAAAAGACACCAUAUUGGAUUUUCCACAAUUUUGGAUUUUUAUCAGAAACACUUGCAAGUUUUCACAGUCCACAAAUUUUGUCCAAUCUUCACCAAGCUUUGGCUCAAGCCUCACAAAAGUUAUACGGUAUGUUGACUUUUCAAUUUGCAGAAGUAGCCAUCCAUCACAGCCAAUCACAUUUAGCAUGAAGCUGAUAAACAGGAAGUGAGGUCAUAUCUCAGCAACACUUUGAUGUAUCAAAACCAAACUUGGACUCAGGACCCCACUGCCAGGGAGGGCAAAAGAUUUUACUUCAUUUGAUCACGAGGGGGUGUUGCUACAAUAAUCAAAAAUGUGUUUUGGCCAUGGGAGGUCUCAAGACCAACACAUGGUAAUUUGUAAAGUUAAUGUAAUCAAUUCAGCUUCCAUAUUGGACUUUAUCCCAGAGAUUCAAAAUUUUCACAGGCCACAAAUUUUACCCAAGCUUCAACAAAUUGGCACAGAUAAUCUUCAGACAAACCCUCACAAAAGUGAUCAGACACAUUUUUUAUUUUCAAAACUAUUUGUCAGUCACAGCCUAUUGAAUUUGGCAGCAAAGCCACCAAACAGGCAGUGAGCUCAUAUCUCGGCUGAGCUUCGGUCAACUGACAUGAAACUUGUUGUAAGUGUAUACAGCCAUGCUGUUGACCAAAUGACUUGAAGUUUUCAUUGCAACUAUGCCCUGCUGGGAUGCUUGCAGUUAUAUUUCUCCUUGGUCUUACUCACGUUAACUCUCUUUAUGAACAUUAGAUGUCUUCCCAUCCCUUUAGAACACCCAUUUGCCUUCUAGGUUAUCUAAAGCAACCAGAUCAAGCUGACCCUAGAAAUAUUUCAACUUCUCUCCUUAUCAAUAUUUGAGCACAUAGAGUUUUGCUUGUUAAUCUAUCAAGGCCUUUACUUCUCCUCAUUCUAAACAGUCCUCUGCAUAGCCUUUUACAAACAAAAUUUAUUAGACCAACUGGAACCUGCCUAGACAGUGGUGUGUGUGUGUGUGUGUGUGUGUGUGUGUGUGUGUGUGUGUGUGUGUGUGUGUGUGUGUGCGCAAUUACACAAUAACAAUACUGUAUCAUCAUAAAAUGUAUUAUCACAAAUAUAACAAUACUUGAUAAGAUGCUGGAAUGUGUGUAUGUGUGUGUGUGUGUAUUAUAUAUAAUGCUAGAAGACUUGCACUGACAUGGGCUGCUUUAUUCAGCUUCGAGCAGAUUAGAUGGUAUGUUUGCAUGAUUAUUUUAUACAUUGACAAUAUUUUUGUUAUUUUAAUCCCUAUGUAUUGUAUGUUGCUGUUCAUUGGUUUUAGGGUGUGACAAUGUGUCAUCCCAUUGAGAGAGGACAUCGUUUUUGCCUGCUCAUUUUAACACUUUCUGUAAACAUCUACCUCGGCACUGCCUUGUCUCUUCCUUUCACAGCUGCUCCAAUCUUUAAGGAUAUACCUUUUGCAGUCAUAUGGAAUGCACCUACGCAUGUGUGCCGAAACCUCAAGAUUCCAUUGGACUUUUCUAGUUUUCAAGCAGCAACCACACCAGCCAGUGAACCUAAUCAGUUUCUUUUCCUCUUCUACUCCAAUCGGCUUGGACUAUAUCCAUACACAGAGCCUAGUUCAGGGAGGCAGUUUAAUGGCGGCAUUCCACAUAAAGGAAACCUGACAGCCAGUCUUGUGAAAGCCUAUAAUGAUAUCAUCCAGUAUGUUCCUAAGGUCACCCCAGGAUUGGCUGUGAUUGACUGGGAGCAAUGGUGUCCACUGUGGGCCAGGAAUUGGGCCUCCAAAAACAUUUAUCGGAAGCUUUCCUUUCAGUAUGCAAAGGAAAUUAAUCCACUUCUGUCAUCCAGUGAGACUACUUCUGUUGCUAUGCAGCAAUUUCAGAAUGCAGCUAAGGCGUACAUGGAGAAAACCAUGCAGCUGGGAAUCAAACUGCGUCCAAAUUACCUCUGGGGCUUCUACCUGUUUCCAGAUUGCUACAACUAUAGUUGGGAUGAACCAGGCUACACAGGUGAAUGUCCAGUGAUUGAGAAAUGCCGCAACAAUGCGCUCCUUUGGCUGUGGGAGUCCAGUACAGCUUUAUAUCCCUCAGCAUAUUUGAAGGUCAGUCUGAGGGAACAACCUGAAGCAGCUCUGUUUGUCCGGGGUAUUGUAAAGGAAGCUGUGAGGGUGUCUGCUCUUCCAAAGUCCUGCUACACUACACCAAUUUAUGUUUACUUACGUCCUGUCUUCAGUGAUCAGAACAAAAUAUUUCUGACGGAGGCAGAUCUAGUCCAUACUAUUGGAGAGAGCGCAGCUUUAGGUGCAUCAGGUGCAGUGCUCUGGGGUGCAAGUGCUGACUACAACAGCAAGUCCUCAUGUGAAGCACUGGCUGCUUAUCUGCCCUCUACGCUGAACCCUUAUGUGGCCAACGUAACUGCAGCUGCAAAACUCUGCAGUCAGACCCUGUGCCAAAGCAACGGUCGCUGUGUCCGCCAGAACCCCGAUUCAGCUGACUACCUGUACCUGAACCCAAAUAACUUCAGUAUUCAACAGCGUGAUGGCAAAUAUGUGGCUGUUGGUGUGCCUUCCCAAAGUGAUCUUAAUGUCUUUGUAAACAGAUUUACCUGUCAGUGUUAUGUGGGUCAAGUGUGUUCUGCCAGUACAUCCAUUUCAGUGCCUAAGACUCCAGUAGUUAUUCAAGUGUGAUUUUAAGUCUUCUUGCUACCUGGAUACCUUACUGUAAAAUUAUGCUACAAUGAAUACAUACAUAUAAUUCUAUUGCUUUUAUUUUUAAAAAAAUCAUGAAGUGAAUUUUUUUUUUGAAAAACCAUAAACUGUUUAAAAUAAUAUGGAAAUGGAUUCAGUAAAUACUGCUUCUAAAUCAGACUUCUUCAGAGCUGUUUCAGCAUUAAUGUCAGAGGAAGAGAUACAAAGAGAAGUUAAACAGCAAAUUUUCUGCAAUGUAUUUGCUUAAAAUCACGUUUAUGGUCAUGAAUUUUAAUUCUGUUUUUAAUAAUAAAUUAUGUGGUGUAUUUCUACAAAAUAAACCUGGCAGAACUGUGACAGGAAA